UGUCUCGCUCUCUCUUCAGGGCUUGCUACCAGCUCUUGACUCAGUACUCGCUCUGCUUCACGACUGACUCGCAGGUGGCAGGCACAUCACCAUCUCUCUCGCUGCCCAGUCUCAACUCGCUCGCUGUUGUGGACUGUGACUAUAUUUAAACUGUUGAUUGUGUUGCGUCUACUGUCGGACCCAAUUCAAUUAAUUCAAUUAAUUCAACUUCCAUCACCCUCGAGCCGGAUCUCAGACUGCCGCGCAGUCGUUCGCUCGCUAUGGCGAAAACCACACAUCGGCCACAGUCGCCCUCAGAGUCCAUUGACCACCUCAAUGCCUGCGUCUCGAGUGCUGGCGCCCCGAGGCUGCUGCAGAAUGAAGCUACCUUUCGAGAAUGGGUGGUGCAGAACCAGAUCGGCAUCUCGUUGACCAUCCUGUCGACCCUCCUCGCCGCCCACAAUCUCUACCCUUCCGUGCAGUCCUUCACCACCCCGUUUUUCCAAAUGUCCUACUACCAGCCCGACACGGGCCUGUAUUCCCAAGGCUGGGACGACGUGUACUUUGUCGCCAGCGCCAUCCUCGCCUUCACCGCGGUGCGCGCCAUCUUCAUUGACUGGAUCUUCCGUCCGUUCGCCAAGUCCACGGGGCUGAAGAAGAAGACCUCGAUACGCUUCGCCGAACAAGCGUGGCUGAUUGUGUAUGACGUUAGCUACUGGAGCUACGGCGUGUAUCUGUGGAGCAACUCAAGCUACUGGGGCGACUUCAGGGCCGUCUGGGCCGAGUGGCCGAAGCCUAGUGCAUCGGCUGGAAUGAAAUGGUACCUCUUGACCCAGCUCGCCUUCUGGAUCCAGCAGAUUUUCGUCGUCAAUAUUGAAGAGCGCCGCAAGGAUUUCCUGCAGAUGCUAAGCCACCACGUGGCCACGAGCAUGCUGCUCGGCUCGGCCUAUAUCUACCGGUUCUACAAUGUGGCCAACGUGGUGUUGUCGUUGAUGGACAUUGUUGAUUGGAUGCUUCCGCUGGCAAAAAUCCUCAAAUACUACGGCUACGAAAUCUUGUGCAAUGUCGUCUUCGUCCUGCUGAUUUUGACCUGGUUCGUCAGUCGCCAUGUCAUUUAUCCAGCCCUCUGCUGGUCGAUCUUCAAGAACAUUCCUGUUGCCCUGCCAUAUGGAUGCUACUCCGGGAAGACUGCCGUGAUGUACACGGCCAAUGCCUAUCCUAACCGAUUCGCUUAUCUAUUCGGCCCGUAUCUUAACGAAGAGGGGCCGAUCUGCAUGAACCAGACUGUAAAGUGGAUUUUCCUUUCUUUCCUUCUCUUCCUGCAGGGCCUGUCCAUGCUGUGGUUCACCUUGAUUGUGAAGAUCGCCAUCAAUGCCGUACGGUCCGGCAACGCGGAAGACUCGCGCAGCGACGGCGAAGACGAGGAGGGAGAAGAAGAGGACGAAGAGACCGAGAACCAAUCCAAUGAGACGGCGCGCGCCGCUCUGGCAGAUAGAAACUCCAACGCAGAGAGCUCGUGGCGUAGAGCAAACGGCUCGGUGCGAACCCGUCGUGGACAUGGCAGAGUGCUCGGUGAUAGUGACCGGAAAGCUCUCCUCGGUAGAAUCGGCUGCGACAAGCCGACGCAUGAUUGAUUGCGAGGUGGUUGAGGAGAAUGCACAUAUCUUGACAAUUGACUUGUACUGCUGUACUCACUUGUUUUGCUGAGCUGUUUAUGGUUAUAUUCUGUUGGCGGUGUGAUGUUGAAUACCCUUGUUGUUAGUUAUAUAUCUGCUAUAGAUUAUGAAUGAUGGACGAUUUCAAUCUUCAUCUUAUUGACUGAUAUUGAACACAUAUCUACAACCUAUCUACUCCCAAC